AGUAGAUUAAAAAAAGAAAUAGUUAUCCGCCUUUUGACAUUUUUCUCUUGUAAGGAAGUUUUAUUUUCAUUUCUAUUUACAGAUUUAUGGUUUUAAUAAAAAUAUUUAUGAAGAAACGAAAAAUAAAUAAACGCAUUGAGAGAUAAACGAUUGUUUUAAAAACUAAAUCGUGUUUCAAUUCAUCGUGCAAGGGUUCAAUAAACUUGUAAGUCAGAUCGGUAGUGAGGCCUUUUAGAAAUGUCAUUAUUGGUUAUUGAUAUUUAUAGCGAAUGUUUAGUGUAUUUUAGCUAAGUUUCUCAGUUGUUAUUAGUGUUUAAAUAUACUGAUAUGGAUAACCAAAACCCCCAAGAGAGGACUGUUCCAAUACAAUACGUUCGUGGAUCAAGAGCUUUUCGUCAGUUUAAGAAUCCGCCCCAGCCUCAUAUGUGCAUUCAAGACACAAUAAAGGAUACAACAGAGAAACUUUACAUAAACGUACUGGGAUGGCAGAAAAUCGCUAACCCCAAACAAUAUUCGGAUCCAAUACCCUUAUAUGGUGGGAUGCAGGUACAUCAAGGCUGCGGGCCUAACAGUAAUCGACCUCCAUUGCUAGUAUUUGCAGUAAUGGUUAACCCUGAUAUAUUGAAAGCUAAUGGCAAAAAUGCUUCCAACCCAACGGAUAGGGAAGCUUUGGUCAGUCUGUUAUGUGACUUUGUGGAGGCUAUGAACCCUGGGCUGGUGCUAAUGAGGAAUCCUGUUAUAUUAAAAGAUAGAGAUUUGGCUGGGGAGCUGAAAGAUGUGUGGCUGGCUGUACAAAACAAAAGGGAAAGAGAAAAAGGCUUAAAUCAAGAUGUUAUGUAUAAGGUUUAUGAUAUUGAUGGUAUUGGAAAUGAGGAUGUCAAUGAAGACGAUCAAACGAAUGGCAGAAACUGUAAACCAUACGACAAUGGAACUAUGAACCGAACACAGAACUGUGAGAAGAAGAACACAGUGAAAUCAUCUAAGCAGAUACUCAAAAAUGCCGGUCAGAAGUCUGAAUUUGAUUCAGGAAUGAACAACUGUCAAUUGAAUCAAAAUCAUUUGAACAGAGACAAUAGAAGUGGGAACACAGAUGCGGACACAACUUACUGUACACCUGUGUAUGGACAGAUAGUGUCGAGUAGAGAAAAUCACAACCAAAUCAAUGACAUACAACAGAAGUUCUCAACGAAUGAAAUGACAAAACCAUCUAGUUCAUUUAAAAAAGAUUGGCAAUCUCCACCAGGAAAACCUUCACAAGGUUGGGAUGAAUUUUCAAAACGCAUUCUAUCAAUAAAACCAAAUGACGGUGAAAUUAAAAAGCAAAAAUCUAAGACAGAAAAGAUAAACAGACCAGUGAGCAAUGGCAAGUCCCAUUUAGAUUUUUUCCCAGUGUUUGACAAUAAAACUACUGUAAGCGAUGAGCCCCAGACGCCGACAGAUGCUACAGGUAAAAGUUUAGUAAAGGAACAAGCAAUAGAAAAUGAAGACAAUUCUAAAAUAAUUAUAGACCCAAUGCAGAAGCUAGUUCUGCAUUCGACUGAUAACAAAUUAUGUGAUAAUAAGACAAGUGCUCUCAGCUCAUUUAGCUCAUAAUUUCAUAGCUUUUACAGAAAACUUUUGUAUGGCGAUAUGUAUUGGCUUAAAUGUUGUUUACGAGACAUGUAUUUAAAAAUAGGAUGAACAAGGUGGCUAGUCAGUACACGGAUAGAACAAAAUAGUGAUUCAGAUUUAUUAUUUUAUUAUGUGGAAUGUAUCAAUAGUUUGCAUGUGUUAGGAUGGAUACUUUUAAUCAUAAAAUCGACCAAUUUAAAUUAAUUUUUCAAUCUCAUUCUGAUCCUGAUGUCUCGUGAUGAUGAGUGUAUUGUUGUGUGGAGUAGGAACCGAAGUGCGACAUAUAUUGCAAUAUCUGCAUCUCUGUUGGCCGUUUUUUCUGGUUAUAGGCACUGAGAUGAGGAUAUUGUAAGGUUAAGGAUAUUUUUUGCAUGCAGUGUGAUUGCUAAAGACAAUGGUUGUGUAUUUUUCUUAGUGUUUUAUAAAAUGGUGGCCAAAUCCACGAUUUCUAAGCACUCCUUUUUAUAUAGUAACCGAGUGAUUUUGUAUAUUGCUGUAUAUUUUUCAUUGUUGCCAAUUUUAUAAUGAAAUAUCAAAAUUCGAAUAUUAAAUUUAUUGCUCAUUAAAUUAAACUUCGAGAAAGAAUUAUUUAAAAUUAUCGAAACUGACAAUCAAUGUAAUUAUUUGCAUUUAAGAGUUUUCGCUUAUUACUAAAUAUGAUCUCUUAAUAAUUAUAAGAAAUUGUUAUAAAGUUAGUCAUUCUAUGUGAAUGUUGCCCACGAGUAUCCAACACUGCCAUGUGACGCUUCAUUCUCCCCUUUCCACUUGUAUCCAGAUACAUUACUUUGUCUCCACUCUUUGAACUUUAUAAAUAGUAUUAUUACAUGUUUGUUAUAUAGAUUAUAGAGAUAGUUUACACAGAUAUAAUAUGUACUAAGUUUUUAUAUUAUGUGCAAUUUUAUAACUCAUCUUUUUAUUUUUAAUCAAUUGCGUGAGUGUCCGA